AAUAUAUAUUGUAAUGUUACAAACGAUAUCACAAAGUUAAAGUAUGCUUAUAUGUGAGUGUAUAACAAUCUGUUUGGCUUAUCAAAAACAAUUUGAAAACAAGAGAGAGAAUUCACAACGAAAGUGUUUAGUGUAGUGUUUCUCCCCGGCAUGGCAACAAUGGAACAGCUGACGAAAAUCACAGAUAAAGACGAUCUGAAGGAUCUCCAAAAGCUGUAUCUGAAGGAUUGGCCCACUAACUGUGUCGGCUACUUUUGGCUGGAUAAUUAUUUGAGAUGGUUACACCAAAAUCCUACUUUAAAACAUCUUAACUUCUAUACCAUAAAUAAUGAUUGGAAAAGCGACGGAUUGUUUAUAUUGGUGCAUCGCUAUCAGUUAUUUUUUAGUAACUUAAGUAAGCAGAAACCCGAACUGAAAGUAGCGCUGAAUUUGUUGGAUUGGUCGGGCGGCUUCAAGGUCAGCGCCAUCCAUGAGACCCAUCAUAAAAUCUAUAAGGAACUUGUUGCGGAUCUUGAUCUUCAGAUUGAUCGUGAAAUGAAUACCAUUAUGUAUAGUUUGACCUACCAGGAGGCUGGGAAUUUUCAAAUCAAUUGCCCCGAGGGCUACUAUCUGGAUAAAGUGCGUUUGGAACAUGCAGAUCUCAUAAACGAUCUGUGGUCAGCUCGUCAUCCCGGUUCCCUAAAACUCAUUCAAAUGCUUAUAUCUUACAAUACAAAUGUGGGAUUGUACGAUAAGGAAUCGAAUUCAUUAUGUGCCUGGUGCUUGAGACUCCAAAGCGGUUUUCUCGGAGCUUUAGAAGUACUCGAAACCCAUCAACGACGUGGUCUUGGUUUAGUAGUUGCUGCCGCCAUUUCCAAAGCUAUUGCCAUCGAUCUUCAGCAGGAUAUUACCGCCCUGGUCAACAUGAAUAAUACCGCUGCUUGCCGUGUAUUCGAAAAACUAAAUUUUAAAUUGCAACACGGCGAGCACUACCACUGGAGCAUGAUUAAGCCGAAAAGAGGUGGUCAGAUAUCUUGGCCAAACAAUGAAUAAAGUUAGACAGAAACUAGAGAUAUGGAAAUGUGUUUAAUUUUUGUUGGCUUUUUGAAAAGUGAAAGGUCAGAAACUCUUCUAAUGGAAUCCCUACUACAACAGGACUUGUUUAGGGGUGAUAAAUUUCCCUCUUUACCUAAAAGAUACGAGUUACAAAGUUGUAUAAAAUCAAUUUAAAAUGAAUUAUCUUAAAAUCAAUUCUGCGAUAUAAUAUUUAAAAUCUUAUUUAUACAUUUUUAGUCAACCAACUGAAUUUUCUCUAAGAUCUUUACGAGUUGACGAUGCUGAAAUGAUAGAUGGUUGUAGGGAUUGGAAUGAACCAGGUUCCUUACCUUUCAUUCAAUGUCAAAUUUUGUGGGCUUGUACAAGGACGAAGGCAAUGAACUCCAAACUUGGUGUAUACGAUUAUAUG